GUGUUGUCGGCCCCCGUGCUACAUUAAGGCCCCGUUGUUUGUCCCCCUUUGCUCUUAGGAGUUAUCGGGUCUGUCUUUCACGCUCGGCUGUGAAGCGGUUUCCAUGCAGGCGACAACGACCCAUUCCGAGGCCGGCGGAGGAUAUGCGUCGCGGAGAGGCCAUGGACCUCAGCUGUCCAUCAGCGACCCGAGUCAUCAUGUCACCGAGGCCAUCGGCCACAUGUACGACGACGACUACGAUGCCCGCCGCCUGAGCUAUAUCUCCUCCCCGCUGUCCGAUUCCAUUUCAACCGUCACCCCAACAGGUUAUGCAGAGAGUCCGCGUCAGUCGCAGGUGAAUGGAUACGGACGGCCGCCUCGCGAGAGCAGCAGCAGCAGCAACAACAACAACAGUAAUAACAAUCAUGGCACUACCAGCGGUGGCAACAGUCCCCGCCAUCCCCCCUCCGAGACCGCGACUGCGUCGUUCCCCCUCAACGAUAUCGAUUAUGAGUCCGAUCCCGCCGCUGUUGCACAGGAACUUAGCAACCUGGCCGCCAUCCGCCGGAUGUCCAUGGACGUGGCCGCUGCUGGCGAUCCGGACCUCCCCUCCUUUGGCCCCAACUUCUCCGUCCCUUCUUCCCCGUCCGCAGAUGAAAAUGAUGCCUCGCGGCUCUUUUGGGUGCCCGCGCGCUUGCAUCCCGAGCUAGCCCCGAAGGAAUUCAAGUCCUUUCUCGAGAGCAAGACCGAGCAGAUCAAACGCAGAUCGGGUGAUUUCUCCUCGCUGGGCUCCUCGCUAGGUCCCGACCGUCAGACUUCGGAAAGUGGUCUCCGGCGGAAGAAAUCGAUGCUCUCCCGGCAGAUCGAUGGCCCAAACGGCUACACGGACGGCGCCGAGCGUUUGGAGCGGAAACGCUCGCAAUCCGCCCGCAGCCAGUUAAGCCCGAACCUCCACGAUAUCGAGACUCUAGUCGACGACUCUAAGCAACUAAACCGAGAUGCCGCCUCACUGCUACAGGGUAUCAAGGCCAUGGGUGUGUCCGCUGACGAGGACAAGCCGAUCCUGCCACCUGCCCCUACCGGCAACAGUCUACGACGGUCCACCCGCACCCAGUAUCGCAAAGGCAGCACUAAGAAGGGCGAGAAGGCUCCUUAUUCGAAACGCCUAGGCCGCACGUCAGAAACCAAUGAUCCGGCCGCGGCGGUCACCAGCGCCAUUCUCUCGUCUGACGACCCUCCGAUCCUAGGCCUGACCCGUGUCUCGACCGACCCCACCCCGAGCCCCAGCAGCUACAAGAAUAAGAAUUCCUUUUCUGUUCGAUCGCCCCCUCGCACGGCCUACGCUUCCAGUACAGCACCCAGUUCAUCCUACGACCCAGGCAAGUCAGAUCCAGCCGAGACGACGACAACGACGAACCCUCAGACGACUACCGGCGCAUCACGACAAUGGCAUUCCCGCAUUAGCUCCAACGGUCGCUCGACGCUGAACAUCCCCCCGGUCGAACAAAAAAUUCCCGAAGUUAUCGAAACCCCUCCACCCUCGGAACCACCCCGGGCCGCCAGCCCCGCAAACCUGAUAUCAGACCGUGAAUCUGCCUACAACGACCCUACACCAUCCUCCCGACCGAACGAAUCGAGUGCUGCUUCGAAACGGGUCCACAACCAUUCUCGGCUGCCGGGCAAGGAGACUGUGACAACGUUACACGAUCUUGCGGGCAACCCUCAAGCGCUGCCGGGAAAUACAACCCGCACAGACAGUCUCUCAUUUAUCCCGACGGCCGUGGAAGAAAAGAGAUCCGAAAGCCGGAAACAGAAGGAUAAAAAAGAGGCAGAUGGAACUGGUCGCAAGUCGAGCUGGCACUGGCUGCUAGGUACCGAGGAAAAGGAAAAAGAAAGGGAGAAGGAAAAAGAACGGAAGAGGGAUAGGGAUGGCGAGUCACGCAAAACCAAGUCGAAAGCGAUGGACAAGGUGCACGACGGCACCCGCUUGGAUGCCCUCCAACCAUCCAUCGAUGGCAGCGGCCAGCGGGGCCGCGAAAGUCCGGUGAUGGACCGUCUCGACCCCAAGUUGGAGGAAGAGCGGCGCAAGGACAACGCACGCCGGGCGUCAGGCGAGGCGAAGAAGGAGAAGGAGUCUGGACUAUUCUCCUCUAUCUUCGGCGGUGGGCGGAAGAAGCACAAUGGUGAAAGCCACCACCGCAAAAACUCGUCGCGGAACCUGUCCCCCGAUCCGCCGGUGCGGGAGCUUCGGCCGGACAUCGAUUAUCCCUGGACUCGUUUCUCCAUCCUCGAGGAACGAGCCAUCUAUCGGAUGGCACACAUCAAGCUAGCCAACCCGCGGCGCGCGCUGCAUUCACAGGUCUUGCUUAGCAAUUUCAUGUACUCGUACCUGGCGAAGGUGCAACAGAUGCAGCCGCAGAUGAUGGCGGCCUCGUCGUCAUCGAAUAAACGGCAGCCCAAGUCGAGAGAUCAACCGGAGGAGUAUCUCCAGUAUCAACGAUACCAAGAAUCUCAAGAGCAGUACGGCGAGUCGUACGAGGACGGGCAAUAUGAAUACGACCAGGAUGAUCCUUACCGGCCGCAGUCGAGGAGCAGCAAACACAACUACGAGAAUGGGCAUUCGUACGGACCGGGCCACCAGGACCAGUACGGACAUUCAUCCUUUGGAGACGACAUCCAGCUCGACGAUGACGAUGACGACGACAUGUGGUGAAGAGGAUAUACCCUUUGAUUCAUGCCCGGGGGAAGGAGAGGUCGGGUGGAGUGCUUAUACGCAUCAUUAUAGGAGGUGCCUCGGGGGGUGCAAAGAGUGCUAUUAGUUUGUUUAUAUCGCAUAGCGCAGGGGUUUGAUUAUGAAAAAUUACUUUAAUCAUAAUCUAAUGAUAUGACUAGUACAAUAGUAACCUUAAAUCAGAAAGGUAGAGGCUAUCUGUAGGGAUAUGGAC